AUGUGGAUGAGGCCCGCGACCAGGAGAUUCGGAUACGCCAAAGGAGCGACAGUCAGGCGAGCUAGCUGGUCCUCCCUCCAGAUUGCACCGAACCUCCGUGUGAGUGUUACCAGAUCUGGAUUGCCGACUGAUGUGCGAGCGCUCCACGAUCGCGAUGAGGCGUCCCCCGCCCAAGUAACGAAUCCCCUCUCGGACAUGACAGAGAUUACCAUCAAGACAGCGAGAGCACCCCGAAACUCGAUAUCAAAACCCACCGCCCACCAUCCCACGAACCAGGCCGACCUUAAUCGAUCGCCUCCGAACCUUCUGCGACAUGAGCCUUCCACGGGUUCCUCGAAACCCGCAUCCGAGAGUGGGAGAGCUCCGUCGUUGUGCUUGCGUGAACCUGAGAAGGCCACUCCCACCGCAACCGUGCGUGAAACUCAGCCCGAUGUGCAAAUCGAGCCCGCUUCUACUGUUAUCCGUACACUCAGAGGCGUCUCGGAAUCGACCACGACCACCACGGAAAUCCAGACGGGCACAGCCACUUCAGCUGUUACUGUCCGCCCGACAGAGACGGAGAGUGCAUCCACCGUUACCUGUUCGCAUCCGAGGCUGCAGAUUGCGGCGAGACUUCGGAUUGCAGCGGCACCACGGUCGUUCAUUAACGGCGCAGCAAGGAAAGGGGCCAGGCCAUCAAGAGGCGCUUUGUCACCCGGCGGCGUUACGGGUUCCCUUUCGGUGACGGUCACCGUUUCCGCAGGCCCCGGUUCAGUAACCUUGGGGGUGGAAGCUGGCUGGGACACAGUGGUCGUAGAAGCCCGGAGCGUCGACACGGAAACGCUACCUACUCGAGAUCGGAAGUACGCAGCGAUGGUGCUGAGUAUCAGCCGCACGGCUAUGAGCAGAAAGCGAGGUCCUCGAAUAUGGGUGGCCUUAUCUCUGGCGUGUGCUACCUCCACACUUCCAGCAUCAGGGCGCCACUGCUACGAUGGGGGGCACAGGGGCGCCGCCGAGCCAAGCAGUGCUGGUCCCGUGGUCACCAUCAAAGCUGAACGCCAUCAAGCCGAGAUGUACAGGGGCAUUUUCGCAGCUGACGGUGUAGCAAGGGCAUUUUUCUGGCAUGAGAGUAGUGGAUCCUCUGGCGUCGCGUACAGUAUGCGGAACGAAGCGGCCAGCGUUUCGCUCACUCGCUAUCUUCUCCAAUCUUUGGCCUGGCAGGGCGGUUGUCGAAUGUCUGAGCUUACGCUGCUUCCCAUCGGAUCACGGCACAAGGGAUGAUACUUUGUGCCACUUGCUGGAUGACGACAGAAGACUGAGUUUCGGAGAGGGAAAGGGCAGAAUAUGCAAAGUUGCAUGCUGAGAUGGACAAACUCAAAGCCGCUUUACGAAAUUAGAUUCAUUGUAUCAUGAAAUAGACCAACGUGUAUUUCCAUAAGGCGAUCGCAGCUGGCGCAGCCUUUAAUUAGGAACUUCUCCACUGCUCGGAUCGUCUUGCGGAGCACAUCUUUCAACUUCGUGUCGCUGACGGUCACGUACUUGUUGAUGAACCGGGUGAGAAUAGGCCCCUCGGCCUCGUUUUAUCGAUAAAACAAACGCGGGCAUGUUAAGCCCUCUCGCGCACCGCUAACUACUGUAGCAAUAGUCACAGACAAAAAAGCAAACGGAUA